UCUAAACUUCUUUCAUCGGGUGUUUGAUAGGAUUGUUUUGAUUACGAACUUCAUUUUUUCGUCAAAUAUAAAUUUCAUUUAUCAUAAAAUUGGGGUUAUUUCGUUGAUAUACAUUUUACUUUUAAAUUAUAAGAAAGUAUCUAUGAACUUAUAAUUCAAAAAUAAACAUAUGAAAUUGCACCAGUACAUUGCUAGUCUUCAAUAUCUACAACAGUUUAAAAGAUGAAUCUACUUACUAAAUCAUAAGAAGAUCUAAACAUUUUAUAAAAUGUCAUCUGAAAGUGAUUCAGAAGUAUUCUUUGAUGCUGAAGAAAGUACACCUGUCCGUUCAGUCAAAGCUGCUAAUAAUGAAGACAAAGUCAAAGAAGAAAAAAUACGAGAUGAAAAAAUUUGUUCAGACACUGCGAAAACAGUUGGUGAACUUAUUGCCGAUGAUUGUGAUGUUACAAGUACUAUCACUUUGCCAAACAUGACUGUAAAUGAAGAGGACUUAAAGGAAGCUGCUCGAAAAGCUAAAGACAACGAACAAAGACGGAAGAAAGUGGAGGAAAUGAGAAAACUCAUGCUUGAUGAUGAUGAUGUGUUAGAAAUCCAUUCUGAGACUAGUAGUUUAGCAUCAUCCUCUGUUGAAGGCAUAUAUCCUAAAAAUAAUAAUUAUGCAUUUAAAAAGCCAGAUAGAAACUCUAAUAAUGAAACAAGCAGUGUUAUGAGCUUAGGUAAAGUUGGUUCUAUCCUUGGUGAACGUGAUCAUCCUAAUGUAAAAGACUUGGAUUCUGUGUCCGUUGAUUCAAAAUAUUCAACUAAUGACAGAGAAAGUUUGAGGAGCUUUUCUGCUAAUUCUCUUCUAACUUCUUCAAAAUGUUCAGAGCCUGAUGUUGUUGCUAGCACUAAAGGUGAACAAAUGCUUCAACCUGUUGCUCCACCAAGAAGAAAGAAAAGAAAAAACCCAGGUCUUAUUAAAUCUGCAUCAAAUUCAACAAUAAAUUCCAGUUCUGACUUACCUAGUCCAACAGAUCCUGUUGAAAGUCUUGCAAGAGAACUAGAAUUUUCUCUUGACUUACACAGUGCCACCAGAGGUCAAUAUGUUGUAAAACCUCAAGAUAGAGAACAAGAUAGGGCAGAAGGCCCAGUUAGCAACUGUGCUAGCAGUCAAAGUUCUCUGAAGUUACGAUCUGACAGUUUAGGCAGUAACUCUUCAAAAAAGUCUCACAAUAUUGGAGAAACAUCAGACUUGCUUAAAGGGCCUGUGGAAGAUGUUAAACAGCAACCCUCUCUAAUGGUACGAACUAGGUCUGAUUCAGGUCGACCCUUAACUGAUGAGGAAAUUUUGGCCCAAGUAACUGUCAGAAAUUUGGAUACUGGUGAGCAAAUUCCUUUGAGCCAAGCAGAAGAUCAUUUACCAAAAUGCCUAAAUCCAUUAUCUCUUCACAUAAUGCGUUUGACAUCUGAAUAUGUUAGCAACACUGCUUUAGACAAAGAAUCUGAUGAUGAUAAUGGAGAAAACAGAAAAUUAGAUGCUUUAGAUAUGGGUCACAAAGCUUGGAAUAGAACUUUUUCUUUCAGGCGUGACUUGGGUAAACGAUUGAGACAUGAAGUCAGUAAAAUCAAGACUGUUGUUAAAGAUAAAGUCUCACAUGCCCGACAUGAUGAUGAUAGUGAAGAUGAAAUUUUGUCUGAUCAACGUUCAUCUGUCAAAAUCAAAGUAUCAAGCAAACUGAGAUCAGCUGAAAAAGGAAAUAGUGAAUUUGAAAGCAUAAAAGUCCUUCAAGAGCUUGGUGGAGAACAUACUGGUGCAAUAUGGACUAUGAAAUUCUCAUCUUGUGGACGUCUAUUAGCUACUGCAGGUCAAGACCAUGAUCUUCGUAUUUGGGUUCUCAAAGAUGCUUAUAAAUAUUUCAAUGACAUGCGGCAAAAAUAUAAUUCAGAAGGCAAAACAUCACCUGCUCCUCCUCAACAUGAAGUUAUAGAUAUUGAGAUAAAAACUGAGGAAGAUGAAGAUAACAAAGGUCCUUUUGUAUCCAAACCUUUUUGUAGAUAUCAAGGUCACACUGCUGAAUUACUUGAUGUAUCUUGGUCAAAAAAUUAUUUCAUAUUGUCUUCGUCCAUGGAUAAAACUGUGAGAUUGUGGCACAUUUCCCGAAAAGAAUGCCUUUGUUGUUUUCAGCACAUUGACUUUGUUACAGCAAUUGCUUUUCAUCCCAGAGAUGAUAGAUAUUUUCUCAGUGGCUCUUUAGAUGGGAAACUGCGUUUAUGGAAUAUUCCAGAUAAAAAAGUAACUCUUUGGAAUGAAUUAGAUGGGCAGACUAAACUUAUCACUGCUGUCAAUUUUUGCCAAAAUGGAAAGAUUGCUAUUGUUGGUUCAUAUGAUGGCCGAUGUAUAUUUUACUAUACUGAACAAUUAAAAUAUUACACUCAAAUCCAUGUCAGAAGCACCAAGGGUAAAAAUGCACAAGGAAGAAAAAUAAGUGGUAUUGAAGCAAUGCCAGGAGAAGAUAAAAUACUAGUGACUUCCAAUGAUUCAAGAAUCAGACUUUAUGAUUUACGGGACUUAUGUUUAACAUGCAAGUAUAAAGGUUAUGUAAACUUAAGCAGCCAAAUUAAAGCAAGCUUUAGUCAUGAUGGGAAAUACAUAAUUAGUGGUUCUGAAAAUCAAGAUAUUUACAUUUGGAAAACUUCACAUGACUGUGCAAAAUUUAGAAGAGAUCGAAAUGAUUAUUGGACUGGUAUUAAAGCUCAUAAUGCUGUUGUAACUUCAGCCGUAUUUGCUCCAAAUCCAGCUUUAAUAGUGAGACAAUUGGAACAAGAAGAAGAAGGCUCCCAGUCUUUAGAACCGAACAUAAAUAACUGUUAUGUGAUGGUUAGUGCUGAUUUUAAUGGAAUAAUUAAAGUCUUCCUACACAAAGCAAAACCUGCUGCGACCAAUACAGCUUAGAUUGACUAGUCCUGUUGUAAAAUUUGUACAGAUUAUUAAUUAUAAUCAUUAUAACAUUAAUUAAUGUAUUGCUAAUUUUUGUAAAAGAUUCUACUAUUAAAAAGACAUUUUCAAAUUUUUAUUGUAAAGAUUACUUGUAUGUGUUAUAAUAUUUUAUUAAAGUUUACUUAUUUU